AUGUCGACAUCUCACUGUAGAUUUUAUGAAAACAAGUAUCCUGAAGUGGAUGACAUUGUUAUGGUCAACGUCCAGCAAAUCGCUGAGAUGGGGGCCUAUGUAAAACUAUUGGAAUAUGACAACAUUGAAGGUAUGAUUCUACUGAGUGAAUUAUCCCGUAGACGUAUAAGAUCUAUUCAGAAAUUAAUUCGUGUUGGUAAGAACGAUGUCGUCGUGGUAUUGCGUGUGGACAAGGAGAAAGGUUAUAUCGAUCUUUCCAAACGUCGUGUCUCAUCAGAGGAUAUUAUCAAGUGUGAAGAGAGGUACCAAAAAUCCAAGACUGUUCAUGCUAUUCUCAGAUACUGUGCUGAAAAAUUUCAAAUUCCAUUAGAAGAUUUGUACAAAACAAUUGCAUGGCCUCUAAGUCGAAAAUACGGACAUGCCUACGAAGCCUUCAAACUGUCAAUUAUUGAUCAAAGCGUUUGGGAAGGUAUUGAACCACCAUCAAAGGAUGUCUUCGAAGAGUUAAAGACCUACAUCUCCAAGAGAUUGACUCCACAAGCCGUUAAGAUUAGAGCUGAUGUGGAAGUAUCUUGCUUCAGCUACGAAGGUAUUGAUGCAAUCAAAAACGCAUUAAUGGAAGCAGAAUCUUUGUCCACUGAACAGAUGCAAAUCAAAGUCAAGUUAGUGGCUGCUCCAUUGUAUGUUAUUACCACACAAUCUUUGGAUAAACAACAGGGGAUUGAAGUAUUGCAAAAUGCAAUUGAGAAGAUUAACGAAGCUAUCAGUAAACAUGGUGGUGUUUGUAACAUUACAAUGCCACCAAAGGCAGUUACUGCUACAGAAGAUGCGGAAUUACAAGCUCUAUUAGAAUCUAAGGAACUGGAUAACAGGUCAGAUUCAGAUGAAGAUGAAGAUGAGUCUGAUGAGUAG